GAGACCCUCGCCCUCCUCGUAAACUUGAACCUCUACAACACAAAGGCCGCCCGCACGAUCACUGACCCACGGUCUCUGUCGCCUCGCCCCGCUCAACACGAUCCAGGUCGAUACAUGCUGGAGAGGGCAGCAUGUAAUGCCACAGCGCACAGGGUAGCUCAUCCCUCCCCUCGCCCGCCGAUAAGCUAGCUUCCCGGCCACGGUCCCACGCACCCCCACGACUGUCUGCUGCGAGACCAGAGGCACGCCUCCCGUGGCUGCCACCACCAUGCGGACGUACUUCCUCAGCGAUGAGGAGCUCGGCAAGAAGGACGACGACCACAAACACCACAAGCACUCCAGGCAUGCCAGUGGAGGAGGAUCCUGGCAGCCAGCCAGGUCGCCUCGGCGCAGGCUGCUGAAGCGCGCCUUGCUGGCUGGCAUGCUCGUCGGCUUCAUAAUAUUCUUCAUCCACAACAUACCAGACAUGGGCGGCGCGCAUCCGGCCAUGCGGAGACCAAAUUGGAGGGACCCCAAGCAGGCGGCAGCGGGCAAGGGCAAGCCGCUCGCGGGCAACAAUCCUUCGCGACCCCGGCCGCCCUCAAGUCAGCAGCCGCAUCAAGUCCAGCAUGUCGGAGACGAACAGGCUGUGCCGAGCGAAGGGGACAGGUCGACUUUAGCUGGCAAGGACGGGGAGAAUUCACCCCUGACGCCCGGUCCCGGGCUGGAGGAGCGCAACUACAAUGGACCGUUGAGGUUUGCGAAACUCGCCGUAUCAUUACGAGGCAUUGGCGCGACCAAGGGAAACCUCCCCGACAACAAAAAUGUUCUCUUCGCGGUGUCCAGCCUGAAAAGUGCUGCGACGCUGAUACCCAUGGCCUGUGAGAUGGGGCUUGAGCUGCGCAGCUAUGUCCAUGUCGCCAUCAUGGGCCGGAGCGACAUACACCUGACUGAGCUCAAAAAGAUCAACGGGGCGGACGAGAGCUGCAGUCUCAUAUAUCAUGAUGCACGGCCCGACUAUAGCCAGAUUUCAACCGAGUCGCGGAUGGAGACGGCGACUUUUAGAGCAUUUCACCAUAUCCACACAUACGUCCAUCCUCAAGCAAUCUUCAUAGACGCGUCAAGUGAUGAAGAUCCCUUCUUUCAGCGAGGCGCGAGACAACAAGCCGAUGCAGUGGGCAAUACGUUGAUCGAAGUGCCGCCGAAUGCGGCAAGAAAACUAUCAUGGGUCUCCAAGCUCAAUAGCAAGGCCCUACGCAUAUGGAACAAGGUCACUGUUGAUAUCCUGAUCCAGGCGACACCAGGUACCACGGGCGGCCUUGUCAGGCUUCUCAAGUCGUUGAGCGAGGCGGAUUACACUGCGGGCUCCUUGCCACACAUUACGAUCGAGCUUCCGCACGACGUCGACAUGCCGACGAGGCGGUACCUGGAGAGCUUUUCUUGGCCACCAAGGCAUGUGCACAAUCCCUUUGACGCGCAUCUCCUCACCCUGCGUCAUCGCAUACCCAGCAAGCGCCUCGACGAGGAUGAGGCGGCGGCUCGGUUUGUCGAGUCAUUCUGGCCGUCGAAUCCUGGGCUCAACGACGUUUUGCUGCUAUCGCCACAGGCCGAGGUUUCUGGCAACUGGUAUCAUUACGUCAAAUUUACGCUUUUGGCAAACCGCUUCCAAGCGAGUAUUACCUCGGCCUGGGAUCGGAAGCUCUUCGGCAUCAGCUUGGCACAGCCCCGGCAGUUACUUGACGGCAAGACGGCCUUCUCCAUGCCGAAGCCCCAAACCAAGACGAUAUGGCAGGAUGGCAAGGACCGAGACGUGGUAAUCGAGUCGCACCUAUGGCAGGCGCCGACGAGCGACGCCAUUCUGAUCAUGGGCGACAAGUGGGUUGAACUGCACGAUUUGGUUUCGCGGACGCUGGGUGCAUCUACGACCCCGGCCUCAGGCACUAAGAUUGUGAGCAAGCAGUACCCGUCCUGGCUCGAGCAUGCCGCCAGAUUAUGCCGCGCCCGGGGUUACUGGACUUUAUACCCGGGCGACCGGAUGGCCCGCGAGCUGGCCAGCCUUCACGGCGAGCUGGCCAAGGCUCCCGAGGAAUACACGGGGCAGACCGGCCGCCGGGUCCAGAACCAACGCGCGCAGGGGGAGAAGCUGCUCUCGGACGACGCGAGCGAGACGGAGGUCGAGGAGGCCCGGCGGCGGCUCAAGGCUGAGGCGGACGUGGGGUUCACGCACACGGCGCUGCUGUCGGUGCUGCCGAACCAGGGCCACGUGAUCCCGCUGCCGGAGCUGCCCUUGCUGGCGUGGGACGGGACGGAGACAACCUUUGACGGCAACGACGAGGCCGCGGCCGGGUAUGCGGCCGAGUUUAGGAGGCAGGUUGGCGGGUGUAAGCGGGAGGACGAUGUGCCGCCGGCUGUGGCAGAGUACUCGACAAGGGACCUGUUCUGUGAGGCUGCGUAGCCGUGGAGAGAAGGGAAGGAGAUGAGGGCUUGAGGCGUGCGAAUGAACAUUGGCGUGUCACAAGUUCCAGGAGGGCGAAUCAUGCCGCCGCCCGUAUGGCUGCAGAACCAGAACGAGAAAGGAAAAGGAAAAAUAUUCUGGUAAAUAGUAAUGUUCACGUGGCUUCAUGACAUUGACCGAGCUG